CAUCGUUGAACUCGAAUGUCGGUCUUAUCAGUGUAAAGUAAACAUAAAAAAAGAUAAAACGAAUAUCGUUCGAAGAAAGACAAAUUUUAAGAAUAUACAUAAAGGAAGAAAAGCUCAACACCAGGUGCAGAUAAAAUUGAAAAUUUGCUGGCUGGGUGUAUCAGUACCGAACGGCAACAAGUUGAACGAAUUUAAUCCCAUUCCUUCAAGUCAGUCAACGAACAUCAGUCUACGAGUGCGGAUCGUUUUGCCAGAAGCUACUAUUAAAUCGUCGACCCAUCUCAAUUCCUUAUCAGUAAAUAUUGUGCUCCAUCAUCUACAUUCUACUCGUUUUCCUCCGUCCGUCCAAAUAUCAGCAGCGGAAACCGGCCGGAAUCGUUCGUUUGGGGUAUUGUGCCUUCUUUUGAGAAAUCAUUCCAUGCUAUCGGACACGAUCAUAUAAACACCUUAAUUUGGCCACGUUCUAACCCGUCUGGUGUGUCCAGCAGGCGCAUUGAGAGAAUGUAAUCUAAUCUUUGCAGACGUCACGGGAAAUCUGGUUCGGGUUGCGCGAGCAAAAAGUGAAAACAAGAUUACGAUUUUAUAAGUGAAAAAAGUGAUGCUCUAGAGAUUGAAAAAUCCGAUUGUUGGACCAACUGAAGAAAGACUGAGAAAAGCGAAUCCAGCCAGCAGAAGUCGUUGGGCGUAUCGUUUUUGUUUCAUAAAAUAGUCGCUCUGCUUUCCGAUGUUUAAGGCAGCUAGUUUAGGACGCGCGGUCGUAGGUUGCAGAGAUGUCCUGCAAGGUCUCGUCAAGUGUCGCCAGAUGGGCACCAAUUCCAAAACUAAGCUGCGAAAAAUUUUAGUGGUAUCGAAGCUAACUAGACUGGAGUUCGAGAAAACUCGGGAUCACUGCCUUAACGAUGAGAAGUUGGAACUCAAGAUCCGCAACCGCGGUUCGGACUACGAUGCUAUGAAGUACUACCAUCAUCUGCAUAAGGAUGUCGAGGAAGAAGUUGUCAAAUCGUUUCGUGAAGCCGGCGUUGAAGUCAAGGUCAUCAACCGUCUGACGCUUAACAACGAUAUUCUACGAUGGGCUGAUCUGCUGGUACCGAUCGGAGGCGAUGGAACGUUCUUGCUAGCCGCCGGUCGAGCCAGUCCGUUCAUGUUGGAUCGAGUCAAAAUGACACCGGUUGUUGGAUUCAACUCGGAUCCUAGAAGAUCUGAAGGUCGACUGAUGCUGCCAAAAUACUUUUCGACUAACAUCGAAGAAGCGGUGCGGCGCAUUCUUAGUGGAGAUUUCAAGUGGAUGCGUAGAUCGAGAAUAAGAAUAACGCUGAUUGGAUCGGAUACAACUAAACGGCCUCCACCGAUCGAUCUUCAUGAGUACCAUUCCUCUAUGAUGGAACACAAAGAGGUUGACGAUCCGACCGUGGAGAGCAACAACCGUAUUCUACCAUACUUGGCGUUGAAUGAGGUGUUUAUUGGAGAAAUGCUGUCGGCUCGAGUGUCGCAUCUGCACUUGCAGCUAGACAACAGUGACGUGGUCACCAAGACGAAAAGUUCCGGCUUGUGUGUGAGCACCGGUACCGGGUCUACCUCGUGGCUAACCAGCAUGAAUCGACUGUCCACUAGCAACGUAAAAGAUCUGAUCGAGAUCAUCAAACGACGAACGGGAGAACUGAACGGAAUUGAUCACGAAGCCAUUGCGGAGGAGUACAAUCAAAAUUUGGUCUUCCCGGCGGACGAUCUGCGGCUGUGUUACUCGAUCCGUGAACAGAUCUGCGUCGGCGUCUGGCCCAACCCGAAAGGUUUAGAAUCGAAAGGGUUCGUCAAACAGCUUAAGGUUAAAUCUCGAUGCAUCGAUGCAAGUUUAGUGAUAGAUGGCAGUAUUGCGUACAACUUUAAUGAUGGAGCCAAGGCCUUAUUGGAAGUUCAUCCGGAGGAUGCACUUCUAACUAUUGACAUGGACUGAAACGGUAGCGAUUUUUAAUUUCGAAGCAUCAAUGAAUAUUGCAUGCCUGCAAUGAUAUAAGUUUAGCGCACAACUUUUCCUUACCCUAUCUAGUUAUACUUUGAGAAAGUGUUAGGAAACCUAGCCAAAUCAAUGUUAAGAAGUCUCCAAUUUUAUCCUUCGUUAUUCUCAUCACAUUAAUAUUUUUUUAAAUUAUUGUAAUUUUGCCAAUGCAUUUAUCAUAUAAUGGUAGGAAAGUGUUAUUGUAAUUUUUAGGUGGAACAAUAAACUUAAUUUUUUGCCACACGA